GUAAUGAAGCAGGCUGGGAUGAGGAAGGCGUUCCAUCAUCUCUGGACUCUGGGCCAAUGGCGGGACGAGUGGAGUUGGGUCUCACUCUCCCCUCAAGACUACACUUCUCAAACUCGUCCCCAACGCUACCGAAGCUCUUCAACUCCUCUGCGUCUGCUUUUGUGUUCCCAAGGAGGAGUCUGAGUCUCAGUGUCGGAGGAUUGUGGGUGUUGCUGUCGUCUUUGUCAAUGUCUUCCUCUUCGUCGUUGCCGACCAUGAAGCCUCCUGUUGCCAAGAAAGUGAGACACGAGAUGGAGAAUUUUGGCGACGUCCGAGUCGACAAUUACUACUGGCUUCGGGACGACUCUCGUUCCGACCCUCAGGUGUUGGCUUAUCUUCGGGAGGAGAACGCCUACACCGACCACGCCAUGUCUGGAACCAAACAACUGGAAGCUCAAAUUAACAGUGAGAUACGAGGGCGCCUGCAAGAAGAUGAUAUAUCGGCACCACUGCGUGAUGGGCCUUACUAUUAUUACGAAAGAACCCUGAAAGGCAAAGAGUAUGUCCAACAUUGUCGCCGUGCUGUGGUGAAUGUUACUCAAGAGCCCUCUGUCAAUGACACCAUGCCAAGAGGACCUGAUGCCCCUGCAGAGCAUAUCAUUCUUGAUGAAAAUGUCAAAGCUCAAGAUCAUGAAUUUUACAGUGUCGACGCCUUUGAAGUUAGUCCAAACCACAAAUUAGUAGCUUAUGCAGAAGACACCAAAGGAGAUGAAACUUACACGGGAUAUAUUAUAGAUGCCGAAUCUGGUGAACUAGUCGAGAAGCCUUUGGUUAGGAUUACACCAGGUAUUGAAUGGGUGGGCGAUGAUGCUUUAGCAUACAUCACUAGAGACGAGAUCCUCCGACCAGACAAGGUAUGGCUCCAUAAACUGGGGACUGACCAAUCAUCAGAUCGUUGCCUUUAUCAUGAAAAGGAUGAUAUGUUUUCUAUUGAUAUUGAUCUUUCCGAGAGUGAGAAGUUUCUGUUUGUUGAGUCCUCUAGCAAAACUACUAGAUUUGUCUUUUACCUCGACAUUUCAAAACCUGAAAAUGGGCUUGUUCCUUUAACACAACGUGUGGAUGGCAUAGAGACUUCGGCAAGUCAUCGCGGGAAUCAUUUUUUCAUUAAACGAAGAAGCAACGAGUCCUUCAAUUCUGAAUUAAUUGCUUGUCCAGUUGAUAACACAUCUGCAAUCACGAUUGUUCUUCCCCAUCGCCCAAGCAUAAAUAUUCAGGAGAUGCAACUGUAUCGUGAUCAUAUUGUUGUUCUUGAACGUGAAAAUGGACUGCCCAAAAUAACGACAUAUCACCUUCCGGGAAUAGGAGAGCCUCUUCGACCACUUGAAGGUGGCCGAGCUGUGGACUUUAUUGAUUCUGUGUACGAUGUGGAUUCAAUGGAUUCACAAUUUUCUUCAACAAUUUUGAGGUUUAAGUACAGCUCCUUGAGGACACCUCCUUCCUAUUAUGAUUAUGAUAUGAACUCCGGGAUUUCAGUUCUCAAGAAAAUUGAUCCAGUUUUGGGUGGCUUUGAUUCUGCAAACUACAUAACUGAAAGGCAGUGGGCGACUGCUGCAGAUGGCACUCAAAUACCAAUUUCAAUUGUGUAUAGAAAAGAUUUGGUGAAGCUUGAUGGUUCCGAUCCAUUACUUCUUUCUGGUUAUGGUUCCUAUGGGCUACCUAACGAUGCAUCCUUUAAGGCGUCAAGGUUGUCCUUGUUAGACAGGGGUUUCGUCUUUGCACUUGCUCACAUUCGUGGAGGCGGCGAAAUGGGGAGACUAUGGUAUGAAAAUGGGAAACUGCUCAAGAAAAGAAAUACAUUCACAGAUUUCAUUGCGUGUGCUGAAUAUUUGUUGGAGAAGAAGUAUUGUUCCAAGGAAAAACUCUGCAUUGAGGGAAGAAGUGCCGGGGGUUUGCUUAUUGGUGCUGUUCUUAACAUGCGGCCAGAUCUAUUUAAGGCUGCUGUGGCCGGGGUUCCAUUCGUCGAUGUUGUGACUACAAUGCUUGAUGCAUCUAUUCCCCUUACAACUGCUGAGUACGAGGAAUGGGGCGAUCCUCGCAAAGAAAACUUCUAUUUCUACAUGAAGUCUUACUCUCCUGUGGACAAUAUUAUUCCACAAAGUUAUCCUGCCAUUCUAGUUACUGCUGGUUUGUAUGAUACACGGGUUUUAUACUCGGAGCCAGCUAAAUUUGUUGCAAAGCUGAGAGAUACAAAGACAGAUGACAAUAUUCUGCUCUUCAAAUGCGAACUUGGCGCGGGGCAUUUCUCAAAGUCGGGAAGGUUCGAAAAGCUCCAGGAAGAUGCCUUCACUUAUACUUAUAUUUUGAAGACCUUGAAGAUGGACACCGCAGCAGCUUGAUUAUAUAUGGUUGUUUUGAUUUGCAUUGCAUGCCAACAAUAUAAUUGAUGUUAUUCAUAAGGAAAGACAGCCUGGUCAGUGUGCUUGCUUAAUUGGUGAAUAACUGCAAUCAAUUAUCACUUCACUUCUCA